AGAGCCAGUGGAAAAGCCCCUGCAGUGCCCGCCGGUCCCUUCCAGUGGGGAGGAAGAGGAGGAGGAAGAGGAGGAGGAUGGGGGGGAGCAGAGCCCCAGUUCCUCCCGGCCGCUCAAAGUCAGGAUCAAGACCAUCAAGACGUCCUCGGGGAGCAUCACCCGGACCGUCACGAGGGUCUCGGCGGACGCUGAUCCCGCAGCCGCCAAGUUGCCCUCCGAUCCAGAGACCUUGGCGGCCGGGGACGCCCUUCUCCCUGCCCUCCUGGCUCAGAAGGAGGAGCCCGCUCCGGAGAGUCCCGGCGCGAAGGUCCCAGCGGCGGCCAGCCCGGCGAAGGUCCCGGCGGCGGCGGAAGCCCCCAAGGUGGUCAGCGUCCAGCUGGGCGACGGCACCAAGCUGAAGGGCACGGUGCUGCCGGUCUCCACCCUCCAGAACGCCAGCAGCGCCAUGCUGAUGGCGGCCAGCGUGGCCCAGCAGAAGGCGGUGGUGCUGCCCACCAAGGCCCUGGCCAAGAGCAUCCUCAGCCUGGUGCCCCAGCCCCUCCCCAAGGCCCCCGAGGUCAGGGGCCCCGCCCCGCCCGCCAGCCAGAAGCUGAACGGCACCACGGUGGUGGUGAUGCAGCCGCAGAAGCCCUCGGCCCCCGUGGCCGGCAGCGUCAUCUCCCGCAGCCAGUCCAGCCUGGUGGAGGCCUUCAACAAGAUCCUCAACAGCAAGAACCUCCUGCCCCCGUACAAGCCCAACCUGCUGCCCCCCGCCGAGGCCAGCCUGGCCCUGCCGCCCCUGGGCUACCGCUGCCUGGAGUGCGGCGACGCCUUCGCCCUGGAGAAGAGCCUGGCGCGGCACUACGACCGGCGCAGCCUGCGGGUGGAGGUGACCUGCAACCACUGCGCCAAGCGCCUGGUCUUCUUCAACAAGUGCAGCCUCCUCCUCCACGCCCGCGAGCACAAGGACAAGGGGCUGGUCAUGCAGUGCUCCCACUUGGUCAUGCGGCCCAUCGCCCUCGACCAGAUGGUCGGCCAGCCGGACGUGGCCCCCCUCGUGCCCCUGGCGGGCCCCCUCGGCCAGGCCGGCAAGGCCGCCUCCCCGGCCGGCAGUGCCGUGGAGGUCGGGGUGGCCAACGGAGGCGCCCCCGGCCAGGACCUCCCCGUCCUGCCCCUGGCCGGCACCGAGCACCCGCCGGGGGGCGGCGGCAACUCCUGCCAGUGCCUGGAGUGCCAGGAGCAGUGCAAGGACAAGGCCGCCCUGGCCACCCACUUCCAGCAGGCCGGGAGCCCCACCUCCACGGUGUGCAACAGCUGCCCGAUGAUCAUGGCCAAUCGUUGCAGCUUCAGCGCCCACCAGCGCAUGCACAAGAACCGGGCGCCCCACGUCUGCCCCGAGUGCGGGGGGAACUUCCUGCUGGCCAACUUCGACGCCCACCUGAAGGACGCCUGCCUCCACUUUUCCCGGAGGAUCGGCUACAGGUGUCCCAGCUGCUCUGUGGUCUUCGGUGGGGUGAACUCCAUCAAGUCCCACAUCCAGACGUCCCACUGCGAGGUCUUCCACAAGUGCCCCGUCUGCCCCAUGGCCUUCAAGUCGGCCCCCAGCGCCCACGGCCACAUCUACACCCAGCACCCGGGCUUCAGCAACCAGCAGUCCAAAAUGAUCUACAAGUGUGCCAUGUGUGACACGGUCUUCACCCACAAGCCCCUCCUCUCCUCCCACUUCGACCAGCACCUGGUCAACCAGAGGGUCAGCGUCUUCAAGUGCCCCGACUGCCCUCUGCUCUUCGCCCAGAAGCGGACCAUGCUGGAGCACCUCAAGAACAGCCACCAGCAGCAGCAGCAGCAGAAGCCCAAGGAGGAAGCGGUCAAGAAGCCUCCUGCCGCCACCCCCAAGCCGGGUCCGGCCGAGGAGGAGCCCCCGCCGCCCAUUGCCAAGCCCUCCUCCUCCUCCUCUUCGUCCUCCUCCUCCUCCUCGGAAGACGACACCCCCAGCUCCCCCGAGCUGCGCAAGAGCAAGCGGGGCCGCUUCCAGCGCAAGGCGGAGAUGGGCCGACGGUCGCGCAGCAACGGCUGGACCUGCGGUGUCUGCCACUCCUGGUUCCCCGAGAGGGACGAGUACGUGGUGCACAUGAAGAAGGUCCACGGGAAGUGUGUGAAGAAGUUUCCCUGCCACCUGUGCGAGCGCUCCUUCUGCUCCGCCCCCAGCCUGCGUAGGCACGUCCGGGUGAAUCACGAGGGCAUCAAGAGGGUCUACCCCUGCAGGUACUGUACGGAGGGCAAACGCACCUUCAGCAGCCGCCUCAUCCUGGAGAAACACAUCCAGGUGCGACACGGGAUCAAGGUGACCGACGCCAACCGCAGCGAGGAGGUGCUCGCCACCCGCUUGGGCUCCAGGAACUCUCAGGGCUCCAGCCGGAAGCGCAAGCUCUCCUCGGACGACGGCGACUCCUGCAGCGAAGAGCCGGACAGCACCACCCCGCCCUCCAAGACCCCCAAGGGCAGCCGGCGCUCCCCCUACCACUGCCGGAAGUGCGGCUACGUGGCCCCCACGGCGGCCGACUUCCAGGAGCACAUCCCCCGCCACCGGACAGGCGAGAGCGCCCACCAGUGCCACGAGUGCGGACUCUGCUUCACCUCCCAGGUCUCCCUCAACCGCCACCGCUUCAUCACCCACAAGAAGAAGCGGAGCGACGGGGAGGCCGGCGUCCCCCGGGGGGCCCCCGAGGAAGGCUCCCCCCCGGCCCACGAGGGCAGCCUCUCCUGCACCGUCUGCGGCAAGGCCUUCGACACCCAGCUCAACCUCAAGACUCACUUCCGCACCCACGGAAUGGCCUUCAUCAAGGCGCGACAGACCGGGGGGGGCGAGAACUAGCCGGGUCCCGGAGCCGCGUCGGAGGGGGGGGGGAAACGUGCCCCUCGUGGCUCCUUCCGCGGCUCGAGUGAUGGAGACGCCUUAUUUAUCCUCCCAGCCCCGCCUUCUGCGGCCGCCU